UAUAGCCCACCAGCUGCCCCCCACGGCAGCAGCUCAAGCAGCUGUACAGCAGUAGGCCAUCAUAGCUAGCGAGACACACAGCUCCCACGGAUGCCUUGCGCCGCGGUUCCCGCUGCCUGGCAACGCCGGACCACACACCCGCCCCCCCGCUGUUUACGAACCACCAAUGCCGUGUCUGCGGAGGCUACCUUCAUGGACAGUGCGGUGUGCAUGACCCGCUUGGCGACAACGAGAUGCACCGUGAUUGCCACGGAUGUGUCAACUCGAGCAACCGCAAGGAAUCAAGCACAGACUCGACUGCUGGGGCUGCAUCUUCGAAGCGCCCCUGCCCGGGCGGGCGGGCAACGGGGAAGGAGAAGCGGGCGGGUGCACUGGGCAGCUUGAAACCCGUUGGCAACACCGCACGUAGGAAAGUUCGUGGCGCCGAA